AUGGCAGAAUUCACGGCCAACCAGGUAAUGGGGGUAACAUUCGAAAUCACAUCAAGGUUCAUUUCACGCGCAGUCUUAGGUAACAUGAAUAGCUCUGCAAAAGAUCAGAUACUGCAAAAGCUGGUGGCUGUCAGGAAGGUCACUAAGCCAUUUGGAUCUUCAGUGCUCUCGAAGCAGGCUCUUCGAGAAAUUAAGUUGUUGAGAUAUCUGCAACAUGAAAAUCUCGUCAGUAUGAGUGAUUUGUUCAUAUCCCCAGCAGAGGACCUUUACAUUGUCUCUGAGCUCAUGUGGACCAAUCUCCAAAGACUCAUCAAUGGAAAAGGGGCCAUCGAAGAUGGAUUUUCCAAGUACUUUCUUUACCAAAUACUGCGUGGAUUGAAAUAUGUUCAUUCAGCAGGAAUCAUACAUCGUGAUCUCAAACCAAGCUCUAUUCUGAUUAACGAUAAUUGUGAUCUGAAGAUCAGCGGAUUCGGAAAUGCCCGACUUCAAGGCCCACAGAUGACCGGCUACGUCGCAACAAGGUUCUAUAGAGCCCCCGAAAUUAUGCUGACCUGGCAAAAGUAUUCUGCAAAAGUGGAUAUCUGGAGUGUGGGGUGCAUAUUUGCUGAAAUGCUAUGUGGCAGACCUAUUUUUCCUGCUUCUAGCCAUGCAGAUCAGUUUCAUCAAAUCGUGGAUCUCUUGGGUAGUCCACCGAUCUGGAUUGUGGAUACUAUUUCGAAUAACCAUACCAAGAAUUUUGUGGAAUCGUUACCAAAAUGCAAACGAAAACCUUUGCGAGAAGUCUUUCCCAACAUUGAUCCAAGUGCGGCCGAUUUACUCGAAAGAAUGCUUGUGUUUGAUGUUAAUGAGCGAAUCAACGCCCGAGACGCCCUUUCACAACCUUACCUGGCUCCAUAUCACGAUCCAAAUGACGAGCCAGUUAUGAACGAUGAAUUUGACUGGUCCUUUGACAGCGACUCCGAAACCCCAGAUACCAUAAAAUCCAUGGAACUGACCGAGAGCAGGUUUUUGGAAGUUUGGGCCUUCCGAACGCAAGAAAGGGAGCACAUGAUUGAAAGGAGCGGCGCAAAUGCUUACCAGACACCUGUCUCUUCUAGGACAAACUCGGACACCGAUCUGCAUGUACGGCUGGAAACUAAUGAUGAUCGUGAUGAUUAUGACAAGCUCAUGUCUACAUUCUGUCAGAAUUUCGAGUGUGGCAAUUAG